UUGGUCUCGUCGUUGUCGUCGUCGUAUUAUUUCAAUACUUUAUAAUUUCUCAUCCCUCGGUGAGUAAUAUAAUACAAUAACAAGCUCCAGUCAUCGAAGUGACUUCCAUUUUAUCAGCUAGAUAGUGUUUAUUUUUAAGUCUCACAAUGCCGAUCUUGUACAGCGUCAUCUCACGAGGAACAACCGUUCUGGCCAAAUUUGCCGAAUGUGUUGGUAAUUUUGCCGAAGUCACUGAACAAAUUAUGUCCAAAAUAUCCCUCGAGAAUCACAAAUUAACUUAUUCCCAUGGAAAUUACUUGAUUCAUUAUAAUUGUGAAAAUAAAAUCAUCUAUAUGUGCAUUACGGACGAUGAAUUUGAACGAACAAGAGCAUUCUUAUUUUUGGCCGAUAUUAAACAGAAAUUCAUUCAAACUUAUGGCUUGACUGUUGCCACGGCCAUUGCCUAUGCCAUGAAUUCAGAAUUUUCCAAGGUUCUGGCUGAGCAAAUGGUAUUUUUCAGUCAGUCAAGAGAGGUCGAUGCUAUAUCGAGAGUUCAUGGACAAAUUGAUGAACUCAAACAUAUUAUGGUUAAAAAUAUUGACAGCCUUAAGGAUCGAGGUGAAAAGCUGGAACUUCUUGUUAAUAAAACUGAACGCCUAGAAAACACUUCCGUUGGAUUCCGACAACAAUCAAGAAAUCUUGCACGACAAAUGUUCUGGAAAAAGAUUCGAUUCUACAUAAUAAUUGGUGUCAUUAUGGUAUUUGUUAGCUACGUUAUCAUCAGUAUUUCAUGUGGUGGUCUUGCUUGGCAGAGUUGCAUUCACAAAAAUUAAUCUGUACAGACCGAAGUGUGUGUUAUUGAAAGUGAUAAAAAAAACUAAUAUCUUAUUUUUUUAUGUUUUUGUUGAUAAAUUAUUAAAAAAAAAAACAAAGCAUAUACAUAGUAUUCUAAUAAAUCAAUACCAA